UAUCAACAACUCGCCUCGAACAACAGUGUCGAACUUGCUCUUAGAUGCUCUGCGCGCUCUCGUCGGCAUUUUUAUACUCGUCCCGUCUUUCUGCUGACUGAAAAGUCUUGAAGUAGUGCCUUAAAUUCCCAGUCGUGUGCAAAAUCUUAAGUCGAAAUACCUCGCUGAAUGCGCUGGCCCCAGUGAGUGAUUAAAAAAAGUAGCCGUAGAGAAACUCAGGACUGACCACUGACCCAAGCCACUGAAGCAUCAAUAUGUCGUUUCGUGUAGUACGCAGCUCCAAAUUCCGCCACGUCUACGGACAGGCCCUGAAGCGGGAGCAGUGCUACGACAACAUACGGGUAUCCAAGUCCAGCUGGGACUCCACAUUCUGCGCGGUGAAUCCCAAGUUCCUGGCCAUCAUCGUGGAGUCGGCGGGCGGCGGUGCCUUCAUCGUCUUGCCACACAACAAAGUUGGUCGCAUAGCGGCGGACCACCCGUUGGUGGGCGGACACAAGGGUCCCGUGCUGGACAUCGCCUGGUGUCCACACAACGACAAUGUGAUCGCUUCCGGCUCGGAGGACUGUGUUGUCAAGGUGUGGCAGAUACCCGACGGCGGACUGUCGCGCACGCUCACCGAACCCGUGGUCGACCUGGUCUUCCACCAACGUCGCGUGGGUCUGGUGCUGUGGCAUCCCUCGGCCCUUAAUGUGCUGCUUACCGCCGGCUCCGACAAUCAGGUUGUUAUUUGGAACGUGGGCACUGGCGAAAUCCUCGUCCACAUCGACUCCCACCCGGACAUCGUGUACAGCGCCUGCUUCAACUGGGAUGGCUCCAAGCUGGUCACCACCUGCAAGGACAAGAAGAUCCGCAUCUACGAUCCGCGCACCGGUGAGCUGGAUAGCGAAGCCAUGUGCCACGAGGGUUCUAAGGCCACGAGGGCCAUCUUCCUGCGCCACGGUUUGAUCUUCACCACGGGCUUUAAUCGCAGCUCGGAGCGCCAGUACUCCCUGCGCGCACCGGACGCCCUUAACGAGCCUAUCGUCAUGGUGGAGCUAGAUACGUCCAACGGCGUGAUGUUCCCGCUCUACGAUGCAGACACGAACAUGAUAUACCUGUGCGGCAAGGGUGACUCAGUCAUCAGGUAUUUUGAGGUAACGCCCGAGCCUCCGUUCGUGCACUAUAUCAACACGUUUCAGACGACAGAGCCGCAGCGUGGUAUUGGCCUAAUGCCCAAGCGCGGCUGCGAUGUCACCACCUGCGAGGUGGCCAAGUUCUACCGCAUGAACAACAACGGUCUGUGCCAGGUCAUUUCAAUGACCGUGCCGCGCAAAUCGGAUCUCUUCCAGGAGGAUCUCUACCCCGACACGCUAGCGGAAGAUGCUGCCAUCACCGCGGAGGAGUGGAUCGACGGCAAGGAUGCGGACCCCAUCACAUUUUCGCUCAAAGAUCGCGUUUCCAUUGUGCAGGGCGGCUACGUAUCCUCAUCGGUCAACAAGUCACUGCCGGCGAAGAAGGCGGGCAACAUUCUCAACAAGCCCAGAGGCGAAAGUGGCAGCUCCGGAGCAGCGAGCAGCAGUGCGGGCGGCGGCUCCUACGCGUCCGGCAACAACAACGAGGCUAACGAGGGUGCACCGCCGGCAGCAGUUUUGUCGGAAAAGGACCUGCGCACUAUUCAGGACGAGAUCCGCAAACUCAAGGCGAUCAUCGUCAAGCAGGAGAACCGUAUUCGCGCCCUCGAGGCCAAGGAGGAUGCCCGCAACAAGAAUGGAAGCGAUGCCGCGCCAGCUUCAGCGGCAGCAGCCAACUCUGACGGCAAAGCCAGCGAAAGUGCCAAUGACCACGCGUCCACAUCAGCAGCAACGGCGAAGGACGAGGACUAGGUGUAGCGGAAAAACUAGGACUGGACUAAAGAAAAUGGGCGGAAUGGGUCGGAGGAGAGACAGAGAACUGCUUGUAGAAGCUCGUAGUUACCGCUUAAUUUCUCUAAUGCAACAUAACGUUUAUUUCGUACGCACCGAGGUCGAAUCGGAAACGAGAAGGAGUUAUUGUCUAUUAUGAUUAUGGUUUCGAUUAUUUAUUUUGUAUAAUUUAAUAUUAGGUCCUUAGCGAGCGAAAUCAGUUGAGUGUGGCACAGAUAGGGUUAGAGAAAGCAAGCCGAGCUAUAACUAUAAAAUCAAUAAUUUGCGAGCAGAGCUGAACGGUUAACGUAUAUAACAUAACAUAAACUACAUCCUGCCAAAAAUAUAUAAAAACCUAACGAACUACCUACGAUUUGCGCCCAAAAUCAAGCAGAGCGAGGGGCAGACACUCGGCCCUUCGGUCGUUUUGUUGUAACGCGAGUAUAAAAUUAUUGUAAAUUUAACAAAGGCAAAUCAUAGACUAAACCUCAAUCACCUAAGAGUUAACAUUUACCUACCAAAUUUGUACGAGCUCCUUUCUAUAACGUCUGUAUAUUUGUACGUCCCGAAUGUUUUCAUGACAAUAGCUAAUAGAUUUGAUACUGUUCAUCCUAGCUGGGGCCCCCUUAAUCAGCCACUUUUCUCUGCGAAUUGUUGUGUCAAACAUUACGAAUUUAGUAAGAAAUUGAUGGGGGCCAUCGGAUUUAAUUCGUUUUCAUAAUCAAAAUUUUAUUGUUCAAACUAAUGAUAAGCUGUAUUUUGAAAUAAUAAGAAUAACAAUAAAUGCAACAAAAUUAGAAAGAAAAUGAGAAACCAACGAUCACAUUUUACAAAAAAUAUAUUUCAUUUCUACAUUUUCUGUUUUAUUUUUUUAGUUUUGUUAAAAAAAAUAACGGUGUUAUGCUGCAAAAAUAGAGAGCGAGAGCGUCACUAAAUGCCUACCGAUUUUAUAAACUUCUUGAAUUGUAAAAUGAUGACUAUAUACCUAUGUAUACAUAAAUACUCUAUAUACAAAUAAUUUACAAUUUGAUACGGAAUAAAACAAUAUACAAACAAUGCCAGAAAAA